CCGGACGAACUAACUAUCAGGUAUUGCUUUUUCCGGUUGAAAAGCCUAGAGUGAUAUCUGAUAGGAGCGUUGGUGUUCUUUGGUUCUUGGUCUAAGGCGAUCAGAAGUAUUCUGAGAACUUCAGAUCGACCAUCGAGGAACAUCAACCGUGUCAUUUCUGGUCAACUACGAUCGGGGGUGUCACAAGUCACGUGUUACCAUGUGUCGGUCUCCUAUCCUUGGUGAUGCCGAAAUGUUAAUUUUCAAGUCGCCAGGACUCGAACCCUGGUGGUUUCACCGUAUUGGGCUUUUGCCCUCAAGUUAAUCACCACCAGUCCACAAGUCAUAGUUCAAAUAUAUAUAUUUCAAUGUCCACAUGUAUAUUGUGUUAUAAAAACUCACAUAUACACCGGUCAUUUGUACAUCAAAUAGGUUUUAACAUACAUUUAGUGGUUUGAAUAUUAGAAUGGACAAUAUUUUCUUAUAGCAACUGAAAUCGUUUAGCAUAAAUAGGAGCGAGACAUUUGGGAUUUUAUGAAAUUUUAUGAUUUUAAUGAUUUUUAAUAACCUAUUUUAGUUCAUUUUAAACAAUUUAAGUUACAUUUAAGGUGUAUAUAUUGCAUUUCUGUAGUUAUAUGCAUAUCACAGGGACUAAAAUGCAAAUUUAGAAGUUUGGAGGCGAAACUAAAGAGCAAUUUGUUAAAGGACUAGAUGUGCACAAGUGACAUAGUUAGCCAUUGUUUCUCUUGAGCUUUUCCAGCUAGUAGGAGGGGCAUUAAAUAGGAACGAAGGUCAUGGCGAUGAUGAAUCACAACGAGAAAAGAGGAGCUGAGACACAACAUAGAGGACUGAGGCACAUUGAGAGCGUGACGGACUGGAUUCAAUUGUCGUGUGACACCACGAGGAAAAUGAACCUGACAGCUUGGAGAUCGAGCUUGGUUGAGGCUCCCAUGCGAUAUUGAAGCAUUAACAGAGUACGGUGACGCGAGAAGACAUAAACGCCAUGGUUGAAGCUUGAAUCGAUGACAAUAUUGACGUCGUUGUAUACAUCAUAAUUAUAUCAUCAUCAGAGAUAUAGCUUGACAUAUCUCAAAAGAUAGAUUGAAUAAUAAAGAUACUGAUUCAAAACAUAUUUUCUUGAAAAAAGUUCGAGAAAACAACAUUCAUUUUAGAAAGUAAAAAAGAACUCAAGAGGAAGAAACGAAAAAUAAAAAUACAUGGGACCCACUUUAUUUUCUUUGCGACAAAGAAUUGUGAUUAAAUCUUGUAGAAAUCAGAUGUUAAAUUAGUUAGGGUGAUAUCACUUAGUUACAAGCUUAUUUAGUUAGUUUAUAACUAAAAAUUGAGUUUGGCAAGAAAAAAAAACUAAUCUAGUAGCAGAAACUGUUUCAUAAUGUAAUAUUAAACUAGAAAACUGUCCCAAAGUGUAAUAUUUUUCUUUAAAAUAAGGUAUAAAAGGGCUUGACAAAAAAAAAACAAAUAUGGUAUGAAAAAUCUGAUUUUCUUGUGACUAGGUAGUUUUCAGAUAACUCAUCACUACUUUGGUACUAAAACUGAUUAUAGAGGGAAGUGGAGUUUAAGAUGUGGUGUAAAUAUAUUCGUACAUGGUUGUAAGUCGGCAUUGCCAUUUUGGUAUCUAGAUCCAUGCCUUGAUUUAGAUCUGUUCUCUUGUAAUAGUACUUACCAAAUAAGGACAAUUCAACAAAUCAAGAAAGAACAAGGGAAUGUUUGAUUUGGCAGAUAAGAUAUGAUUUACUGGAGUCACGUGAACUUACACUCCCACCCCGCUUUAGCUAGUUGGGAUAUCAUUUGUAAUUGCUCAACUCUUUACAUUUAUUUAUUUUUCCAGCUAUUUUUUAGUGUUGUUAACUAAAUGUUCCAUCUCCUCACAUUAGUUUAUGUUUCAUUUUAGAGCCCAUGUCUUGACUUCCAUAUAAAAUGACAAAACUCCCUGAAAAAUUAUGUCUUCUCCCACGAAUAGUAACUUCAUACAUGUUACAUAGUAGACAAAGAAAGGGGAAAGGCCAAACAGAAAGGGACAAUACUAGUACAAGCAUCAAAUCGAUUAAGCUCCAUUGAUCCGAUCUAUCAAAGUAUAAACAAAAAUUAAGCUUACCUAUUUUAAAUAGUAAUAUCAAUAGAUUAGGCUCUCUGAAACUUUUGUGUUCUCUUUCACAGGCUCUGAUACCAAACAUGAAAACUUGACCGAAUAAAGCAGAAUCAAUUUUAUAGACCUUUACAUCAACAACUUAACAACUGAACCAACGAGAAACUAGUAUCGCUUUCAAAUUUAACAAAUCCCUAAAGACUAAGCCCUGCUUAACUAAAAAUCUAACACAAAACAGAACCGUGAUCAGUUCAAAUGACUAAAUAACCAAUAUGUGCACAUUACCAUUUUGGUAUUUAGCUCCAUGUCUUGAUUUAGAUCUAUUCUCUUGUCAUAGUACUUACAAAAUACGGACAACUCAAGAAAGAACAAGAAAAUGUUUGAUUUGGCAGAUAAAAUCUGUAUAAUUGGAGUCACGUGAACUUACACCCAGUCCGCUUUAGCUAGUUGCAGAUGUUUCAUUUGUUUCUCCAAAUCUUUACCUUUUAUUUAUUUUUGCUGCUAUUUUAUAAUUAUUGCUAACUAGAUGUUACAUUUCAUCACACUUGUUUAUGUUUCAUUUUAGAGCCUAUGUCUUGAUCUCCGUGUUAAAUAGCAGAAUUCCUUGAUAAUUCUGUCUUCUCCCACAAAUAAUAACUUCAUGUAUGUUACAUCGACAAAGAAGGGGAAAAGCCAAACAGAAAGUGAAAAUAAAAGUUCGCAUCAAACCGAUUAGGCUCCAUUGAUCUGAUCUAUCAAAAUAUAAACAAAAAUAAGCAUAUCCUAAAUAGUACGAUCAAUAGAUUAAAUGUUUCCUAAGUGUCUUUUACCAGUAUAUUAAACAGCAAUAGUAAUAUCAAUAUACUGGAUGAUAAUCCGCACGCACGCGGAAUGGGUUUUUAUACUAAUGUUUGUUCAUUAAAUAGUUUUAACAUUUUGCAACACUACAAUUUUUAUCGAUGUAAAAUGACGAAUACAAAUGUUGGUCUCUUAAAUGUAUCAUCGUUGUUGAAGAGUUAACGUAUUACAGCUCAUUUUAAUUAUUUUUAAGAAAUUAAGUUUUGUGGCUGACACAAAUCACCAAAACCAGAUAGAGAACAUCAAUUGUAAAAUGACGAAAGAGGAUUAGGUUUUAUGCUUACGAUUUUGUUUACUAUUGACUCUCAAUAAGUGAUUUCAUUUUCUACAUCUAUAAAAUUGUGUUUUUGUUCUCGUUUUUGUUUCAUUGAUAUUGAUAUCUUGUAUAUUUACAUGUUUUAAGCAUCAUUCUAGUUCAUAUAUAGACCAUUUAGAUCCAUUUAGAGUUUGUUUAGGCUGCAUUUGUGUGUUUUCAGGUUUGGAGAAGUGUUAAUCAGGUUUUGGAGAUUAAGAGGUCAUAAAACGUUCAAGAUGAUGAAGCUUGGUGUGGUAGCAGUCGACGACCGCGACCAACUGGUGCCCGCGAAAGGACAGUAUCACCGCGUGCGAAGCGUCGCAGAAAGAAGCUGACCGCAGCAAGAUGUCGACGAAAUGGAACCCUCACCGCAACCAUCUUCUGCGGGGUAGUCAUGACCGCGGUAGUAUGUCGUCGAAACUGUCCAGUUGAUUUUGCAGGUGAUGAUCGCAGGAUGUACUGGUCGCGGCCAUUGCAUGUGUUUCGUGGGUGAAGAUCGCGGGGUGGAGAGGGUUGCAGCCGAGACAUUAUAUAGCUUUGAUCCAUCUUUUAGUUGGGCUGGCCCAAAAUUGUUGGGUUUACCCAAUUCGAAUUCUAGCUUAAUAUAAAUAUGUUUUAGACCUAAAGGAUGAGAUUAUCUUGUUUUCUAUCUAAACACAAACCUAUUUUGGUGAAAUAUUCAUUUUUUAGCUUCUUUUCAUCUUUAUAUCUUGUGUUUAUUGGAUUAUCUUGAUCACUAAUCAUGAUUAACCUUAAAUCACCAUUGGUUUUUGGGUUUAUCAUGUCUAUUAGUUAGUAGUUACCUUUUGAAUCCAUAGGUUAGGUAGAUCUAGAGUGAUUAAUGAAGAGUUAAGGUGUUUAAUGAUUAAAUCUCUUUGUUUCUAUGCAUACUGAGUGUUCUUGAUGCUUGAUUUGACUUGAUCACUCUCAUCUUGAUAAUAAGCUAUAUUUUAUAUCCGAAAGGUAUUUGUUAAAAUGUUUGACUGAACUUAAUAUUGCUCUAGCUUGAAUAAUCAAAUGGAUUUGAUGUUAGGCUUGCUAGAUGGUUAGUAGACUUGAUUAUAAUACUUGCUUGAAUGAUUUGAACCAAUGGGAAUUGAUAUUUGAUUCAUGAUUGCAAAGGGAUCUCUACCUUGGGAAAUGAUUGAUCUUUAUUUGUGUUCUAGACCUAUAGGAACUUGUGAUUGCUUGAAGUUAACAUCUUGACUUCGAAUUAAUUGCCUUGUGUGAAUUACCUUAAGUCCAUGGGUUCUACUUUUAUGAUUUGAUUGAAAACUCUAGUUAUUGCUCUUGUUUGUUUGGUUAUUGAAUUGAAAUCACUUAACUACCUUGAUUGCACUUAGAUUAAGCAUUACUUGCAUUCUCUUUGUUUCAUGAUCACUUAGGAUUGGAUUGACAUCUAUCUUUACUACUUUGACAUAGGAUUGUAAAAGUCCUUAUCAAAUUUGGUGUCGCCGCCGGAGAUCAAACCCGGGUCACCCGCGUGACAGGCGGGAAUACUUACCACUAUACUACAACCGUUCUCGUUUCCGUUUCAUUGAUAUGAAUUUAGUUUUUUUUUCUAAGAAUUCGGUGAAUUACAUAAGUGUCAAUUUAAAAAGAUUGUCAUUUGUAAAAAUUAGUUUCACUCUAGAUACAUAUCUAAGAAUCAAAAUUUUGAAGAAAAUCACGGCAAACUCGAUUCACAAGUUAGUGUUCAAAUCUAAUAUAUCAAGUUGUUAUAGAAUAUAAGUAGAGACUUGAAAUAUAAAUGGUUGUCUAGUAUAUAUUCACUCGUUCUGUCUAAAAAUCCUCUAAUUUUAGAACAACAAAACAAAUAGCUUAUUUUUAUUAACCUACAUUUUUGAGGUUUAGUUACUUAAGAGUAUACCGAUAAAAAAAUAUAUAAUACUUUAUCAUUCUAUGUAAACUAUGUAUAAACUAAGAACAGUUUUAUUUAUUAAUGAUAAACCAAAAAAAUUACAAUAAAUAGUUCAAAUCUCUCAUUCUUACAAUCAUAAUAACUAGAUAAAGUAUUAUGGAGAAACAAAUAUUAAAUGAAUGAUUAAAUCUUUCAUUCUUCGAACAAACUCAAAAGGAGGUGAUUGGAAUCUUGUCAUAUUAUUUCAUUAAAAGCUUUUUAUGAAUAAAAAUCAAAACUAAAUUAUUUAAUCUGAAUAAAAUAAAAUAUAUAGUGCUCCCGUUAUUAAUAAUCACUUCGAUUUGAACAAAUAUGUUUCUGGGAUUGUCAGGAUCAAAUAACAUAUUAGAAACCAACUAUUUAAAAACAAUUUGUGCAUUAGAUUAAACAUAUAAAUCAAACCAAUACAUUUUGUUAAUUUACAACCAUGUUUUCGGUAAGUAAAUCAAAACAAUCAUUUAAUUUACUUUAUGUUUUCUUUUCAAUGUUUGUUAGAUAUUGAAAGAAUUUAUUUUUCAAAAAAUAGGUUUCAGAAUAUUUCAUUAUUUUUGUUUAGAUUUUUCAAAGAUAAUGUGUUUAAAUUUUAGUGGCACAUUUUAUUGUUUUCCACCCACAGUUUGGAUCCCUAUUUUGUAUAGAAAAAAUAGAUUUAAAAUUCAUGGGUAAUAAAUUACAAUUGCAUGUGUAUUAGAACGUUUCAUAUCAAUUUGGAUCUAGUGAUAAUUAUAGUAUAUCAAUAGUAUUCUAAAGCUAAUAAAUUGCAAAAAAAAAUUGCAUGUGUAAUCCGAUAAACUAUAAAAGCCGUAGAGAUGUCAGAUACAAUAUAUAUUGCUCAAUAUUAUAAAUUUUGUAUUUUAUGUAUUUUGUGCAGAUGCGCCUAAAUACUCUAAUAGUAUUAAAUGUUUCAUAAUAUAUUUGUCAUAUAAGGAAGUAGGGUGUAAAUAAUUAUUAACAUUAAUAAAUUUCUAAUUAAAAAUAAAUGACAAUGGCAUUGCAUUGUAAUUUUUUAAAAACCAAAGGCGUAAUCAUACGAGGGAUUCUGCUUUAAUAUAGAUGAACAGUCACUUAAGUAACUUUUGAUUAGGUGUCAAUCAUAGAUAGAUUUUAAGAAAAAUUAUUAUAAUUUGAUUGGUUGCAAUUUUUAAUUAUUUUAAUUAGAUCUAAAAUAAAAUAUAAGUAUAGAACUAAUUAAUAUCACUUACCAAAUAGCCUAAAUGAUAUUACAAAUAAUAAUUUAUGAUAACUUAUUGCGAGAGAAACUGUAGUAAUGUUUGAUUAUUUAUUUUUAUAAUUAUAUACUACAUAAAAUAAUUAGUAUAACACAAUUUAUAUAAAUCAAUAUUACUCUUAUAUAUUAAAUAAGAAGUCACUUAAAUGAUUUUUGCUUAGGCGUCAAUCAUAGAGAUAAUUUAAGAAAAAUUGAUAUAAUUUGAUUAGCUGAAAUGUUUAUUUAUUUUAAUUAGAUCUAAAAUAGAAGGUAAGUAUAGAACGAAUUAAUAUCACUUACCAAAUAGCCAAAAUGAUAUUAUAAAUGAUAAUUUAUGGUAACUAAUUGUCAAAAUUAUAGAAACUGUAGUAAUGUUUGAUUAUUUCUUUUAAUAUUUAUAUACUUCAUAAAAUAAUUAGUAGAACACUAUUUAUAGAAAUCGAUAUAACGAUUUCAUAUUCUUUUAUAAAACAUUAUACUUAUAUAUAAAGAAUUAUAAUAAUUAUUAAUGUCUUAUAGUGUCCAUAUAUGUCUUAUAAGUCAUUAAUAAUAAAUUAAAACAUUUAUAAAAUUAUCUAUCAUGCCUUAUAAAAUUAUUUUAUCUUAAUUUUAAAUUAUUUAUAUGUGUUUAUAAAAUAUUUAUAAAAAUAAAAAAUUCUCCUAUAUAUUAAACGAGAAGUCGCUUACGUGAUUUUUUGUCGAUCAUUUAUGAAAUAUUAAGAAAAUUGUUAUUAUGAUUUGUGUGGUCGAUAAAUUAUAUUACAAAUAAUGAUUUAUGAAACUAAUUGUUGAAAUUAUAUAAAGAAUAAAAACAUUUGAUCAAUUCUUUUUUCUAUUUAUAAACUAAAUAAUAAAAUGAACGAAACUUUUGUAAUCUUUUAAUUAGAUCUAAAAUAAAAAGUAAGUCUAAAAUUAAUUAUUAUUCUUUGCCAAAUAAUCUAAAUUAUAUUACAAAUAAUAAUUAAUGGUAGCUAAUUUUCAAAGUUAUAGAAAGUAUAAUAAUUUUUUUAUCAACUCUUUUUAUAUUUAUAUACUACAUAAAAUAAUGAAUAGAAAACAGUUUAUAGAAAUCGAUAUAAUGAUUUUAUAUUCAUAUAAAAAUAUAGCUGUAUCUAUAAUAAUAAUUAAUAUCUUAUAAUGUCCAUAUGCUUCAUAAAUAAUUAGAUUUUGAAGAUUGGACGGAUUAUAUUUAAUGAUAAUGUGAGAAAUUGAUUUGAAAAAUGUUUGCAUUUAAGUCAGAUAACAUAGUUUUUUUUUUAAUCACUAAAAAAAAAUGGAUUCUAAGAUGGAUUUUUUUUUAUUGAUUGUAUGUUUUGUCUUACUAUGUUUUUUAAAAAGAAUAUUUAGCAAAAAAUAUGUAAAAAAUUAGCAAAAUAUUAGUAAAAAGAAUGAAAUGAUAUUGAGAAAAAUAAAAAAAAAAGACCGAAGAAGAUGCAUAUUAUGUCUUGGUAAAGUUCAUUUGAUAAUUACAUAUAUAUUUCCACAAGCAUUUGUUAUUAAUAAAUAUUCAUCAGUUAUUUUUACAUCAAAUUUAUAGAAAAUUUACGACUGAUUUUUAAACUAUUUGAAGUUAAAAUUUAUAUUUUAAUGUUUCUAAUUAUUUUUCAAAACUUAUAUCAUUGUAUACAUAAUAUAUAUUUUUAUACGACCUGAACCUGAAACUUCCCCUCCUCUAUAUCAAAUCUCUCUAUAUGACCUGCAGAACUUUCAUGAACCUUCAAACACCAACCAAACAGGAGGAUGAUGCCCAACAUUUUAAAUGGGAGAAUCAGCCUAAACAAGAUGCUCAACAAUUCCAAAUUGAAAUACAGCUCGACCAACAACACACCAUAAAGAAAACUGUACCGAGCAAUUCAGAAACCAGAUGUUAUCAAUCCCAUGUUGCUGUAGAAUCUGUUGUUGAAGAUUGUGUGACCAAAUCUUUAUCUCUACUAAAAACCAAAUAUGCAUUCGAAAAUCUCCGUUAUUAGAUCAUAAGUCACCCUCGUGGGGGACAUCGAGAUGUUCGGUGCUGCUCCAUAGUUCUAUGAUGCCUAUACAAAAUAUAAUAAAUUACGAUUUAUUUUAUAGACAAAGAAUUAUAUCAAUAUUAACAUAUGUUUUGUAUUUAGAUAAUUAUAAUCUAAACAAAUAAGUUAUCAUUUUAUAUUUUGGCUUUUCAGUUCUUUGUUAUUAAGACCUAAAAAGUUAGAGGUGUAGUUAUAAGUUUUUACAUUUUUCCCAGAAUAACAGUUGGCAUGUCGUUGGGGACUUUUUUAUUGAUUGUAUGUUUUGUAUUACUAUUUAGAAAGAUAAAUAAAUAUUUAGCAAAAAAAUAUGAAAAAAAUUAUGAAAACAUUAGCAAAAGUUUAAUAAAAUGAACAAAAUGAUAUCGAGAAAAGAAAAAAAAAAGCCAAAGAAGAUGCAUAAUAUGUCUUGGUGAAGUUAAUUUGAUAAUUACAUAUAUAACUUCACAGCAUUUGUUAUUAAUAAAUAUUCAUCAGUUAUUUUUACAUCAAAUUUAUAGAAACUUUACGACUGAUUUUUAAAGGGAAAUUUGGAUUCAUGUCUAUAACAGAUCAUCAAAUUAAGCAUAUAACCAUAAGAAAACUUAGGCUAUGAUAUUUGUAUAAUAAUUGCUAUAUUACCCUUGACAUACACUUUUUUAUUCUUAUAAAUAUGUUUUCCCCUUUUACUUUUAAUUGAUUUUAAUUUUGGUUAGAACAAUUAUUAAACUUUGAAUUUAACAUGAUAAAAACAUAGAUUUUUUUCUACACAUAUUAUGUUUUAAAAUUUUCAAAACAAACAUAUAUUUUAUAAUUUUUUUACAAUAUUCUAUAAACACGACUUUAAAUCUAUACUAUCAUAGAAACAUAUAUAGUAUAGUCAUAUUUUGUUUUCAAAUAAGACACAAUUUUGUUGUAUUCCAAACUAUUUAGAAACAUAGAAUAGAUAAAUAAUAUACAAUAUCAGUCAAAUAUAUUAUUUUAUGUAAUUUAAUAUACACUAAACAUCAUUCCUAUCUAUAAAUAUGUUCUCUUAUAUUGUUUACUACUUAAACUGCAUUGAACCCUAUAAAUAGAUAAUACUAAUAGAUCAAAUUAUUACGUAUUACAACAUAUAUGGUUAAAAUAAUCUAUUCUAUAUCGAAAUUAUAAAUAGAAUAGUAUAUGAUUAUAAUGUGUGAUAUACACACACCCCCUCACCGUAAAGGACUGUAAUGUAUAUUUAUGUGGCAUAAUGACACAUUUUCCAAAGUAUGUCUAUAUUCUUCAUUUUUUUCUCUGCUAUGGUUAUACAGCAAAUUGUCUCAUUUUUAAACUAUUUGAAAUUAAAAAUUAUAUUUUAAUAUUUUUAAUUAUUAUUCAAAACUUAUACCAUUGUAUACAUAAUAUAUAUUUUAUAUGAUAUUUAUAUCCGCGAAUUCGCAAGCAACCACUUUUUUUUUUGAAACUCCAAAAAAAAAGGUGGUUGUUUGCGAAUUCGCGGAUAUAAAUAUCAUAUAAACUUAUUUUGUAUUAAAAAUGUAUAUUUAUAUGGACAAAUUUAUUUUUUAAAAAAUUCUAAAAAUCAUCUUUGUGAUGACACGUGGUACAAAAACAUAUUGUAAUGCUCCAAAAUUAAUAUAUAGGGGAUUAGGCCUCUUUCAGUUUCCUAGCUGUUCUUAAUUUUUUGGAGACUUAGAAACCAUCCAGCUUUCAAAUCAGAAUGGGAUCAAGCCAAUAACUUGUAUCAGAUGUGCAUUUGUAUUCACAUUCUUUGCAAAAAAAAAAAAAAAGAAGAAGAUUAAGCUCCAUUAAACUUAUUUGUUCUCUUUUACAGGCGCUCUGAUACCAAACGUAAAAACUUGAUAGAAAGACAUAACUUAAUAUUACAAGUCCCUAAAGACUUGCUUAACUAAUACAAAUCAGAACAGUGAUCAAUUCAAAUGACCAAAUAAAUAAAAUAACCAACAAGUGGGCAUUGCCAUUUUGGUAUCUAGAUCCAUGACUUGAUUUAGAUCUAUUAUCUUGUAAUAGUACUUACCAAAUACGGACAACUCAACAAAUCAAGAAAGAACAAGGGAAUGUUUGAUUUGGUAGAUAAGAUAUGAUUCAUAAUUGGAGCACGUGAAGUUACACUCCCACUCCGCUUUAGCUAGUUGGAGAUAUCUCAUUUGAUCCCCCCAAAUCUCUACAUUAUGUAUUUACUUUCCAAGCUAUUUUUAAUUGUUAUUAACUAAAUGUUCAAUUUCAUCACACUAGUUUAUGGUAACUUUUUGAGCCUAUAUGUCUUGAUCUCCGUGUUAAAUGGCAGAGCUUCCUGAAAUUUUGUCUUCUCCCGCGAAUAAUAACAUCAUACAUGUUAAGACAAACACAUAAAGGGACAAUACAAGUAAUCAUCAAAUCGAUUAAGCUCCACUGAUCCGAUCUAUCAAACCAUAAAGAAAAUUAAGCUCAUUUUAAGAGAGUAAUAUAUAAGUUGAGAAUUAACUCGUAGUUAUGUUAUGUUACAAAGCUAGCUACUAAGUAAUGUCGAGGUCUUCUGAUUAUUAUCAAUUUUCUCGCAUUUAAUCGUUAAUAAUUUUUAGAUGUUACAAAUAUUUUAUCUUAAUUAACAUAAUCCCUUAACGUUACAAUAUGCACAAUUCCAUAUUUUCAACUAAUAUUUCAGUGGUCAACACAAGAGACCAACGACCAGUCUGUUAUUAUACACAUAAAGAUUCCAUGAGCCAAUAAUACGAAUUGAAAAAGAAUGUUACAUAUCAUUCUCCAUUUUAUUUUAUAAGAAUAAAUGAAACAAAAAGGCGAAAAAGGAGGUCACGCCAUCCGUCAUGUAGCCGUUGCACCUUCCUCUUCUUUUAUCCCCUUUUAAAUACUCUUUCAACGUUUCCUCAAACGCUCCACUUUUGGUUACCAAAAAAAAAAAAAAAAAAAAUCUUUAAUCUCUUGAUGCAAUGGUGAGAUCAAUCCAAGAAGGAGACUUGAUGACGUCUUCACCUUCUUCCUCUUCAACAACCACAAGCAACGGAACCGACUCCGACGGUUCCCUCAGCCCCUCCUCCUCCUCAAAAAGCUUCGUCCUCAGCGCUCUCACUCCCUUUAUCACCGCCGCGUACAAGCCACUCGCCGUCCUCUCCGCUCACGUCGGCUCUGUUUCUUCGCUAGCCCUCUGCGGCGAGUUCUUGCUAAGUGCCUCUCAGGGGAAAGACAUCAUCGUCUGGCAACAGCCAGAUCUCAAGAUCUUCGCGAAGUUCGGACAAGGAGACGGGUCCGUGAAGGCUUUGGUCAGCGUGGGAAGCAAAGUGUUUACCGCUCAUCAAGACAGCAGAAUCAGAGUCUGGAAAGUAUCUCGGAGAAGCUCCGAGAACGCUUUCCGCCUUGUCGACACGCUGCCCACGACUAAAGAUUACUUGGGGAAGUUUAUGAAACAAAGUAACUACGUUCAGACGAGGAGGAACCACAAGCGUCUCUGGAUAGAACACUCGGACAGCAUCUCUUGCCUUGCGGUCCACGCUGGAAUAAUCUACUCAGGGUCGUGGGACAAGACUCUCAAAGUUUGGAGAUUGUCGGAUCUCAAGUGUCUUGAGUCCAUCAAGGCACAUGAUGAUGCCAUUAACGGUCUUUUCGUCGGAGAAGGUAGAGUGUACUCCGCGUCUGCCGACGGGAAGAUCAAGAUUUGGGGGAAGGAGAAAAGAAAGCAGACGGGAUCGUCUUUGUCUUCUCAUUCUUCUUCUUCUUCUUGUUCACAUGUUCUGAAGGCGACACUGGAGGGUCGUGCGGAGGUUUCGGUGAACUCGGUGGUGGUUUCCGGCGACGGGAAGUGGGUAUACGGAGGAGGGUCAGAUGGGUUUGUGAUGGGAUGGGAGAAGAGAGAGAAAGGAGGAGACUUUGAGGAAUGGGAGUUAGGGUUUGAGAUGAGAGGACAUAAGAUGGCGGUUCUGUGUAUGUGUCUGGUUGGGGAAAUGGUGUGUAGUGGAUCGGCUGAUAAGAGCAUUGGACUGUGGAAGAGAGAAGGGAGUGGUAAGCUCUGUAAAGUUGGAGUCAUACAAGGGCAUGAAGGUCCGGUGAAAUGCUUGCAAGCUUCUCCCAACAAUGUGGGUGCUGGAUUCAUGCUUUACAGUGGAGGUCUUGACAAGAGCAUUAGGGUUUGGUGGGUGCCAAAACAAGACAACUUAGAAGAAGAGAAGAAGAAAACAAGUUUUAAAACAUUGUUGAUGCAGCAGGAAUGAGUGAAAGAUAUUUUAUUUGGUAUUAUAUUUUUGUGGUUUUCAUAUACGUUUUGGUUGAUAUUUGUAAUUUGUUAUUCGAUUUGUAAAGUCGAGAGUUUUUUUUUCUCCAAGAUAUAUAAAUGAUAUUGAUUCGUUUUGAUUGACUUGAGUUUCUUCAACCAACAUAAUCCUUUGCUUAAUGUAAGUUCAUGUAUCCUAAUUAUAUGUUGAAUUGAUUGAGAACAUGAAUGAGAUUUUUAAUUUGUUAACUAAGACCAUGAUUAACUCAAGUUUUUAGGAUGGGGUUCUUAGCUCCGGCUAAAAAUCCUUUCUUAGCUCCGGCUAAGAACUCUUUCUUAGCUUUUAACUAAGAGUCGGUUCUUAGCCGAAAAAUAUAUAAAAAAAAUGUCAAUUCAUGAGUUAAGAACCUCAAAUUAAAAACCUGAGUUAAUCAUGUUCUAACAUGUGUGUCUUCUACCAACUAUUUUUGGUCCUAAUAAAGAUAAUACAGUAAAGUAAAGUCUCAUGCUUUGGGGUUGUCUUUGCUUUGUAUUGAAACUGUAGCAAUGGGGGGUGAUGGCUUCUGCGUUGGACAAUAUAUUGUGUUGAGCCUACUUUUUAGGCUUUGAUCGCCGUCCAAUUAUCAAAACAAGAGUUAUGCAACUUUUUCCAUCACCAUCAUGCUUUAACCAUGUCCAAUUAAUGUUUUAUUUGUUUAUUAAUCAGAUGCACCCAUCAUAAUGGACCAACCUGUUGUUUUGAAAGUGAAGCAUAUAGCAAGCUUUGUUUAUUCCAAAGUAUAUUCAGCAAAAAAGCAUAUAUAAUUCCCCAGUUUUAAAUAUAAAAAUGCGAUGAGAAAGCUUCGAAGGGAUGCAUGUAGCCAAAACAUAAGUGUAUUCAUAUGUGUAGAUGCGUUUCUUUUUGAAUUCGGAAGAGAGUAGGUAAAGUGUGAUUAUAACCUCUUCAGGAAGAAACAUUAUCAUAUUCUCGUCCCAGAGCCAAAACCCCUAAUUAUUUAUCAUAAAAGGGUACUUGUAGUCGUGUAUAUAGACUAGAGAUGUUGAUUUUGGAAAGAGAAAAAAGAAAUACCUUUUUGAAUUACAUGAAAAUAUAAAUGACCCAGCUUAAAUUAAGUCAUCAAGCGCAAAAAGACAUCACCAAAAACUAAGGAUCAUUUGAACUACUUAAUUAAAUGAGAAAUUGACCUUCCUGGCAGUAUCCCUAUCUUUCAAUAGAUCUCCUUCCGUUCCUCAGUCGUCAAGCAAUCUCCAGAUGUUGUAUCAUUUGCUUUCUCGUUUCCACGACUAGGCUUGGCUUCCCAAGGCCUCGUCCGAUAUUUCAGAUGAUCAGUACAAUUCUCUAAUAAGUUCCACUAACAUCAUGGAUUUUGUCACUUCCUUCUCUAUGGCCUCUUCCAAUAUUUCAGAUGUUACACCCAGUACUCCAACUCUUGUCUCGAUGCCCCCGUUAGAUUGUGGCCAAAACCGCUUUUUCUCAUAGUAGAAAGUCUCCUCGUAGGCAUGCAGAAUCAUCCCAAGUAAUUACUUUACCUGUGUACCAGCUCUUGAAGUCAGUAGCUUCAACAGCAUUUUUCAUGGCACUGAUCCAGUCACCUCACAGAAUUUCUUCUCCCACACUGGAAUCUCAUCGUCUUAACCAGAACUUUUGCAAAAGAAAAAAAAGUUAGAUAAUCUCACCAUUCGGUUUCGAAUAAGCUACACAGGUGUCUUUUUAAGAAAAGUCCUAAUUUUGGUAACGGCCCGAGUUUUUACGUUCGUCUAUAAAUGGGCCAAAAGUUGAAGACAGUUUUUAGGGCUCCUAGAAUUCUUGGUUGACCUAAAUAUUCCAAUAAAAUUGUAGAAUACGAUUUUGUCACUUCCAGGGCAAAUGAUUGAGGGAGAAAACAUUGAUUCUAUCGUAUACAACUUGCAUAUGCACAUUACUGAUUUUGAAUGUUAGUUACAAAGUGUUUCAAAAAAAAAAAGAAUGUUAGUUACAA